CGGCGACUUCCUGGAGGCGGUGAAGCGGCACAUCUUGAACCGCCUGCAGUUGCGGGGCCGGCCCAACAUCACGCACGCUGUGCCCAAGGCCGCCAUGGUCACGGCCCUGCGCAAGCUGCACGCGGGCAAGGUACGCGAGGAUGGCCGCGUGGAGAUCCCACACCUCGACGGCCACGCCAGCCCCGGCGCCGACGGCCAGGAGCGCGUCUCCGAAAUCAUCAGCUUUGCUGAGACAGAUGGCCUCGCCUCUUCCCGGGUCCGCUUGUACUUCUUCGUUUCCAACGAAGGCAACCAGAACCUGUUCGUGGUGCAGGCCAGCCUGUGGCUUUACCUGAAACUUCUGCCUUACGUGCUGGAGAAGGGCAGUCGGCGGAAGGUGCGGGUCAAGGUGUACUUCCAGGAGCAGGGCCACGGCGACAGGUGGAAUGUGGUGGAGAAGAAGGUGGACCUCAAGCGCAGUGGCUGGCACACCUUCCCGCUCACAGAGGCCAUCCAAGCCCUGUUCGAGCGCGGUGAGCGACGACUCAACCUGGAUGUGCAGUGUGACAGCUGCCAGGAGCUGGCCGUAGUGCCAGUGUUCGUGGACCCUGGUGAGGAGUCACACCGGCCCUUCGUAGUGGUGCAGGCUCGGCUGGGUGACAACAGGCAUCGCAUCCGGAAGCGGGGCCUGGAGUGCGAUGGCCGGACCAACCUCUGUUGCAGGCAACAGUUCUUCAUCGACUUCCGGCUCAUCGGCUGGAAUGACUGGAUCAUCGCGCCCACUGGCUACUACGGGAACUACUGCGAGGGCAGCUGCCCGGCCUACCUGGCCGGGGUCCCCGGCUCCGCCUCCUCCUUCCACACGGCCGUGGUGAACCAGUACCGCAUGCGGGGCCUGAACCCCGGCCCUGUGAACUCCUGCUGCAUCCCCACCAAGCUGAGCUCCAUGUCGAUGCUCUACUUCGAUGACGAGUACAACAUCGUCAAGCGGGACGUGCCCAACAUGAUCGUGGAGGAGUGUGGCUGCGCCUGAUGGCGGAGGGCAGGGGCGCAGCGGCAGUGGGGUGUGGACGACAGUCCCCGGUGGGCUUCUUCCAGCCCCUGCGGGAACAGGAGGUGCCCGGUGGGCUGAGCGCGGUCAUUCCGUGGGCUGCAGGGAGAGGGCCAGGGUGAAGCCCGAGGGAAUUGCCUACUACUCCAUACAGCAACCCGGUCAAAGCCAGAGGGAGAGCCCCCAGCUGACAGGAGAGACUUUCAAAUGCACACGUAGACACGCACAGCCAGACGCAUCCUGCCACCCACACAGCAGCCUCCAGGAUACCAGCAAAUGGAUGCGGUGACAAAUGGCAGCUUAGCUACCAAUGCCUGUCAAUCGAAGAGAAUGGGGUGAGCAGCCACCAUUCCCACCAGCUGGCCGGGCCACUCUGAAUCGCGCCUUCUGAGCACACAUAAAAGCACAAAGACAGAGACAGAGAGAGAGAGAGAGAGAGAGAGGAAGAGAGAGAGUGCCAUGGAGAAGAAAAGCAGGGUGGGGAGCCGUGCAGCAGGCUGUGUGUCCCCUGGGCUGUACCAGGCCUGAUCUGCUGCAGCAGCCCCUUUCUCCCCACCUGGCAUCCUCCAUGCCUCGAGACCUGGGGAAACUGUCCCUCCAUGCCCUGGUAGAGGGCAGGAGGCCCAGGAAGUCCACCGCCUGUCAGAGACUGAGGAGCAGGGGCAAUGACCAUUCGACUGUUUGUCACUCGGGUCCCUGACACGACGUGUGUGUGUGUGUGUGUGUGUGUGUGUGUGUGUGUUUGUGGGGUGGGGAGGGUGGGAGAGGAUAGGGUCUUAAUUCGAUGCUUUAACUGAUCUCCAACAGUUGACAGGUCCUUUGUGCCAGUUGUAGAACUGUAAAGACUUUUCUAUCAGGUAUGACCUUUGACGCGAAAAACGGAAUUGUUCAAAAUGAGAAGAAGAAAAGUUGCAAUCGGUGCCCUUCCCUGGGGACAUUCCUCUAGGACUGGUUGGGGGAGGCUGGGAAUGACCACUAGGCAAGGGAUGAGCCCAGAGGAGGCAAUGAGAGGUGGAAGAGGCAUUCUGGAAAUGCUGGUGGGUGUCCCUCAGCACAGGGUGGGGGAAGGGAGCCACUCUGCUGGCCUUGGAGAGAUGGGGAAGGCUUUCACUGCUUUGCAGAAGUUGCCUGCGUGGGUGGGCCCUGGCCACCGGGGCCAGCCAUGGACAUGGCACCUGCCCACUCACCCGCCUGCCUACCUGCCCCGCAUAGCACUUGCUGACCUGCCUGACGCACAUGAUAUAGCACUUGCCGAUCUGCGCGUGUCCAGAAGUGGCCCCCGGGGGGAGAGAGCACUGAAGUCCUGAAGUCGCUCUCCCUCUAGAUGUCCAAGUGCCACGUGAACUAUGCAAUUUAAAGGGUUGACCCACACUAGACGAAACUGGACUCGUAUGACUCUUUUUAUAUUUUUUAUACUUGAAAUGAAAUCCUUUGCUUCUUUUUUAAGCGAAUGAUUGCUUUUAAUGUUUGCACUGAUUUAGUUGCAUGGGUUAGUCAGAAACUGCCAUUUGAAAAAAAGAAGUUAUUUUUAUAGCAGCAAAAAAAAAAAUGAAUACAGUUAAAUGUAUUAUACAUAAUUUUGGAACCAAAGAGGCCAACAGAUCAGUUUUAAUUUUUAUUAGACGGUGAGGCCAUCUUCUGUGAGAUGGACGUUCUGAACAAUCGCUUGAGUGGCCUGCCAACGUUUCAGGGUAUAAACGGAUUUUGUUUAUUCAGUUCGAUGUGUCUUUUCCAUCCUCACACACCCAGAAGCUAGAGUAAAAGAAAAUGACUGGUAGAAUGCAGGUGUGUACCCUUAAAUCCUCAUCUUUAUGUUUAUUUAAUAAAAGCUCCCCUUAGGUUCUGUUUCAUAAUAAUUUAAAACCAAACAAUCUCCCCCAUAGACUGGCUGUUAAAGUAUGUUACGUUUGUGUACAGUUUCAGAAAAUAAACAAUUGAGUGCCACGGGC